GUAUAUCUGAACUCGACACUUUUCUCUCUCUCUCUCACUAUCUUCCUUUCUAGCUAUCUUUCUUUCAAUUUAUCUCUUGUGUUUUUAUCUCCAUUUUCUUUGCUUAGAGCAACCAUCAUUUGUAACCCAACUUUCUUUUUCUGUUUAGGAUUUUGCUUUUUUUCUUAUAAGUUGAACACACAUUCUCUUGUGCUUGGUAGGUUGUGCCGUUGAGACCAUGGGCCCUAAACUCCACUAAUGAUUAAUGGUCAUUGGUGAAAGGGGUCUCCAUCUAGUCUUUCAGUGCUCUCUCUCUCUCUCUCUCUUUGCCCCCAUUCUUCCGCUGUCUCGCAUUUCGGCUUUUUCGGUUCUCUUUAUUCCCCUCUUUCUCUCUUCUCUCCUUCUUUUCUCUUUCCCUUUGAGCGAAAUUUGGGGUUUUUGAAUGGUUUUCCUAUGGAGGCCGUUUUGUUUGAUUUUGUGAGGGAAAUUCAUGUUGGUUUUUUUAUUCUGAACAUGGGUUUUGAAGAUUGUGUGGGGAAGAGUAUUGGGUUUGGUUUACUUUUGACUCCCGUGGACUAUGAUUCUUGGGUUUGAAUUUGCAAAGUUUUGAGUUUGUGAUUGUUUGAGCUGGUUUGGGUGAAUUGGGGUUAUUUUGAUGUGGGUUUCUGCGUCUGGAUUUGGAUUCGGGCACAUUUACAGGUCAUGGGUAUUGAGAAUAAAUGAGAAGUUUAAACUAGAGAUCUUAAAAAUUGUGGUAGCAUUAUGCAGCUGAAUUGGGGUAUAAAUACAUAUUUUGUAAUGGUGAAAUUGGUAUGUGAUGUGUAAAGCAUAUAGGGAGCUUUGUCUGUUACAUACAAGACAUUAUGAUUGAGAGACUUGUAUUUGGUUUUUGAAAUCGAGCUUUUGUUGGUGAAUCUGAUAUUGGCAUUUGGCAAAUUCUUUAGAGCGGAAGAAAAUGGACAGAGUCAUACAGCCACCACUGGUUGAUACAACAGCAUGUUUAUGUAGAGUAGAUGCCGGACUUAAGACUGUUGCUGGAGCAAAAAGGUAUGUUCCUGGGUCAAGGCUCUGUCUUCAGCCUGAUAUUAAACCAUCUAUACAUCCAACAAGAAGUAAGCCAGCACGCAGUGAUAGGAGUAGGAACCAAUCACCUUUGCUUCCUGGACUUCCCGAUGAUCUUGCCAUCGCUUGUCUAAUACGGGUUCCAAGGGCCGAGCACCGCAAACUUCGGCUAGUAUGCAAAAGAUGGUACCGUCUUAUGGUUGGUAACUUUUUUUACUCCCUUAGGAAAAGCCUCGGCAUUGCAGAAGAAUGGAUAUAUGUUAUUAAGAGAGAACGAGAUGGAAAAAUCUCAUGGCAUGCCUUCGACCCCAUAUACCAGCUUUGGCAGCCCCUUCCACCAGUCCCUAAGGAAUAUUCUGAAGCUCUUGGGUUUGGUUGUGCUGUACUCAGUGGUUGUCACCUCUAUUUGUUUGGUGGGAAAGACCCUGUGAAGGGAUCAAUGAGACGAGUCAUUUUUUAUAGUGCUAGAACCAAUAAAUGGCACCGCGCCCCAGAUAUGCUUCGCCGAAGACAUUUUUUUGGCUCAUGUGUUAUAAACAAUUGCCUCUAUGUUGCUGGUGGGGAGAAUGAAGGGAUACAUAGGUCCUUGAGAUCAGCAGAAGUAUAUGAUCCCAACAAGAACAGAUGGUCCUUCAUUUCGGAUAUGAGCACUGCAAUGGUACCCUUCAUUGGGGUUGUAUAUGAAGGGAAAUGGUACCUGAAGGGGCUUGGCUCUCAUCGCCAAGUUCUGAGUGAGGUCUACCAACCUGAAAACAACAGUUGGUACCCUGUGUACGACGGAAUGGUCGCAGGUUGGAGGAAUCCUAGUGCUUCUUUAAAUGGAAACCUCUAUGCCUUGGAAUGCAAGGAUGGCUGCAAACUUCGAGUUUACGAUGAAGUGACUGAUUCUUGGAGCAAACACAUUGACAGUAGGAUGCAUUUGGGGAAUUCUCAGGCAUUGGAGGCAGCUGCUCUUGUUCCCUUGAAUGGUAAAUUGUGCAUUAUUCGAAAUAACAUGAGCAUAUCUUUGGUUGACGUUUCAAAAUCCGACGAUGUAGAUGGAGCUACUGCAGAACAUUUAUGGGAAACUAUAGCAGGAAGAGGGCAAUUCAAGACUUUGGUCACAAAUCUGUGGUCAAGCCUUGCUGGUAGGAACCGCUUGAAGAGUCACAUAGUUCACUGCCAGAUCCUUCAAGCUUGAAAAUAGAUUUGUAAAUUAAAUUAUAUCAGGAUUAAACUUGAGCUUUUUUGGUUUAUAUAUAUAUAUAUAUAUAUGUUCUAUCUAAAUACCAUAUGAUGCGAUGGGCUAUAAUAUGCAUAGGAAGCUAAAAGCUUGCCAAGGUAUAUGGGAAGGGAUGCCAAAGAAAGAAAAAAAGUAGUUAGUCCACUUGUGCCUUGAGCAUGAAUACUAGUUCGAUAGAUUAGAAUGUUUGUUUCUCUGGAUUUGUCUUGUCUCAUAUGUUUUACUACAUGAUACACAACGUUAGUUAUGCACUAACUUUAGUUUUUCUUUUUCU